GUCAAGUUGGAACGUCGAACGCGCUGAUUUUGUUCGUUUAACGGUAACCAGUGCGGAAAAUUUGCGAAUGCAUUAAUUAUUUAGCAAAAACUUGUUUAGACGAAGACACGGUGCUAUUAACAGCGCGUUGGAAACAACUUAACUUGUAUGUGAGACAAGUUCUGUUUAUAUAAAACGAGUGAAAAUCUUUAAUUUGGUGUUGUGAUAAGAUUAAUGGCUAGUUAACCGUUAAAUUGAUGAAAUAUAAUCACGAUAUUUAAAUAAUUAAGAGUUAAAUUAAAUUAUUGAAUUCAAGUUUUUGUUUUAGAUUAUCAAGUUGAGCUUAAUAGGAAAGAAAUGUGGUUUUUACUAUGGAUAAUAAUUGUACUACUGUCGAUAAAGAUCUUCAACAAGCUCUCGACGGGAAGAUGUUACAUAGACACCGUGAUGAGCGGAAAAGUCGUCGUUGUAACCGGAGCCAGCGGCGGCAUAGGAUUCGAGACGGCUCUAGAACUGGCUAGAAGGGGCGCAAAACUAAUAAUCGCUUGCAGAAGCCACGAGAAGGGCGAGAGGGCUGUUAGAAAAAUUGUAAAGAUCACAAAAAACAAACGAAUCCGUUUCAUACAUCUGGAUUUGACAUCGUUGAAGUCGGUUAGGAAGUUCGUAGAAGAAUUAAAAGCGACGGAGGUGAAAUUGGACGUACUCAUCAAUAACGCUGGAGCGAUUUGUACGACUCGAGACCGAACCGAGGACGGCAUACUGAAAGAUCUACAAAUCAAUUAUUUAGGACCAUAUCUGUUGACCGUAUUAUUAGUGCCGAUGUUAAAAAACGCUGCACCGAGUCGGGUCGUGGUCGUCUCGUCGUCGUGGCACAAGUUUGGCACAAUCGAGGACUUGAACAGUGGAAAGCACGGAUACAUCCAGUCAUACGCAAACACCAAGCUAUGUAACGUGCUAUUCAGCAAAGAAUUGGCCAGAAGGCUCGAAGGCACAGGAAUAGAAGUAAAUAGCUUGAAUCCUGGGCAGGUUAACACGUCGUUGUACAGAAGCUCAACCGUGCUGGAAAAAAUUAGAAGUCUGCUACUUUACUCUUUCUUCAAAACACCCGAGGAGGGCGCCCAGACGUCGAUAUAUCUGGCCGUUUCCCACGAGUGUGAUCAGAUCAGCGGUGAGUACUUCGAGGACUGCAGACUGUCCAAGGCUUCGUACAAGGCCCACGACGAGGAAGCGGCCGCGAAACUUUGGUCGAUAUCGCAGGAACUUGUCAAACUGACGCCGGACGAGAUGGACGCAUGUUUUAGUAAAGUGAUUUCAUGAUUCAACGUUGAAUUAUACUGAUUAUGGACAUAAAUAAUUUCAAUAUUACCUAAUUACGUUUUUAUGGGUACUUGUCAUAAAAUUGGAUAUUAAUUAGGAAUGUCACACCUUGGUAUAUAAAGUUAUCAUAUAAAAUGAUUGUUGAUUGUU